GUCACUGUUCAUCAUGUUAGAUAGCCUUAACAGUCUUGAUGGUUCUACCAGCUCUGUGGGACAAGCCUGGCUGAACCAAGUCCUACAAAGACAUGAUAUUGCAAGAGUUUUAGAACCAUUGCUAUUGCUCCUGCUUCAUCCAAAAACUCAGAGGGUUUCAGUGCAGCGUGUACAAGCAGAACGUUAUUGGAAUAAGACACCCUGUUAUCCAGGAGAGGAGAGUGACAAGCAUUUUUUGCAAAAUUUUGCCUGCAGCAAUGUAAGCCAAGUUCAACUCAUUGCCUCAAAAGAAAAUAGUGAAAAGCCACUUACCAUGGAUGAAAUAGAAAAUUUCAGUCUCACUGUUAAUCCACUGAGUGACAGACUUUCCCUCCUAAGUACCAGUAGCGAGACGAUUCCAAUGGUUAUGUCUGAUUUUGAUCUUCCAGACCAACAGAUAGAAAUACUUCAGAGUUCUGACUCUGGAUGUUCACAGUCCUCAGCUGGGGACAACUUGAGUUAUGAGGCUGAUACUGAAAAUGUAAAUGCCCAAGAGGAUUCUCACAUGCUAAAAGCAAGCUCUCCAGAUGAUGAUGUUCAACAGGUGGUGUUUGACCUGAUACGUAAAGUUGUAAGUGGCCUUGAAGCAGAAUCUGCGUCAGUUACAUCCGAGAUAGAAAUUGAAGCUCUUCCCCCAAAAGAUAGUGAUUUAGAACUAAGUGAGGAGGUGAUUAAAAGCGAAGAUCAAUCCACUCAGCAGAGUCAGAGUGCUUUUCUGAGUAAUGAAAGUCUUCAGUUUCCAUCCGUGUCUUCAGAGGAAGGCCAUGAGUACUUGGCAAACGGAAUCUCCAGAAACAGCUCCUCACCUUGUAUUUCAGGAACCACACAAACCCUCCAUGAUCCUUCUGUUGCCUCCACAGAAACCAAAUCUAGACAGAGGAGUCACAGUAGUAUCCAAUUCAGCUUCAAAGAAAAAUUACCAGAAAAAGUCUCAGAGAAAGAAACAAUUGUUAAGGAAUCAGGUAAACAACCAGGAGCAAAACCCAAAGUGAAACUUGCCAGGAAAAAGGAUGAGGACAAGAAAAAAACUGCAAAUGAAAAACUCAAACAAGCCAGUAUUUUCUUUAGUGAUGGUCUGGAUUUAGAGAAUUGGUAUAGCUGUGGAGAAGGAGAAAUUUCUGAAAUUGAGAGUGAUAUGGGUUCUCCAGGAUCACGGAAAUCUCCCAAUUUCAACAUCCAUCCUCUGUAUCAACAUGUGCUCCUGUAUCUCCAGUUGUAUGAUUCAUCAAGGACUCUGUAUGCUUUCUCUGCCAUCAAGGCCAUCUUGAAAACUAACCCUGUUUCUUUUGUAAAUGCCAUUUCAACCACUAGUGUAAAUAAUGCAUAUACUCCUCAGUUGUCUCUGCUUCAGAAUCUAUUGGCCAGACACCGGAUCUCUGUCAUGGGCAAAGACUUUUAUAGUCACAUUCCAGUGGACUCAAAUCAUAACUUCCGUAGUUCCAUGUACAUAGAAAUCCUUAUUUCCCUCUGUUUAUAUUAUAUGCGUAGCCAUUACCCAACUCAUGUCAAGGUCACUACACAAGACUUAAUAGGCAAUCGAAACAUGCAGAUGAUGAGCAUAGAAAUUUUGACUCUCCUUUUUACUGAGCUGGCAAAAGUAAUAGAAAGCUCGGCAAAGGGCUUCCCUAGUUUUAUCUCCGAUAUGUUAUCUAAGUGCAAAGUUCAAAAAGUGAUUCUUCAUUGUUUGCUGUCGUCUAUCUUUAGUGCACAGAAAUGGUAUAGUGAGAAAAUGGCAGGUAAGAAUAUGGUUGCUGUGGAAGAAGGUUUCUCAGAAGACAGCCUUAUUAAUUUCUCAGAGGAUGAAUUUGACAAUGGAAGCACACUCCAGUCACAACUCCUUAGGGUGCUUCAAAGGCUGAUUGUUCUAGAACACCGGGUGAUGACUAUUCCUGAAGAGAAUGAAGCAGGUUUUGAUUUUGUUGUUUCUGACCUGGAACACAUCAGCCCUCAUCAGCCCAUGACUUCUCUGCAGUAUUUGCAUGCUCAGCCAAUCACAUGUCAAGGAAUGUUCCUCUGUGCAGUGAUACGUGCUUUACAUCAACAUUGUGCAUGUAAAAUGCACCCACAGUGGAUUGGCUUAAUCACAUCUACUUUACCUUACAUGGGAAAAGUUCUACAGAGAGUGGUUGUUUCCGUGACACUACAGCUGUGCAGAAAUUUGGAUAAUCUAAUUCAGCAGUACAAAUAUGAAACAGGAUUAUCUGAUAGUAGGCCUCUGUGGAUGGCAUCGAUUAUUCCACCAGAUAUGAUUCUAACUCUUCUGGAAGGGAUCACAGCCAUUAUUCAUUACUGUUUGUUGGAUCCAACUACACAGUAUCAUCAACUUUUGGUCAACGUGGACCAAAAACACUUGUUUGAAGCACGCAGUGGAAUCCUCUCCAUCCUUCACAUGAUCUUGUCCUCGGUGACUCUGCUUUGGAGCAUACUGCACCAGGCUGAUGCUUCAGAAAAGAUGAUUGUUGCUGCAUCUGCAUCUGUUACCACUAUUAAUCUUGGAGCCACAAAGAACUUGAGACAACAAAUACUUGAAUUAUUGGGCCCCAUUUCAAUGAAUCAUGGUGUUCAUUUUAUGGCUGCCAUUGCAUUUGUAUGGAACGAAAGAAGACUGAACAAAACCACUACACGAGCCAAGGUCAUUCCUGCAGCCAGUGAAGAACAGCUUUUACUGGUAGAGCUGGUUCGCUCAAUUAGUGUCAUGAGAGCAGAAACUGUUAUCCAGACUGUGAAAGAAGUUUUAAAGCAGCCUCCAGCCAUAGCCAAAGACAAGAAACAUCUUUCUUUGGAAGUCUGCAUGCUUCAGUUUUUCUAUGCUUAUAUUCAAAGAAUUCCAGUGCCCAAUUUAGUAGAUAGCUGGGCAUCACUGCUGAUACUUCUAAAAGACUCCAUACAACUGAGUCUUCCAGCCCCAGGGCAGUUUCUUAUACUUGGGGUUCUGAAUGAGUUUAUUAUGAAAAAUCCUAGUUUGGAAAAUAAAAAAGACCAAAGAGACCUCCAGGAUGUGACCCAUAAAGUAGUGGAUGCUAUUGGUGCAAUUGCCGGUUCCUCUCUGGAACAAACCACAUGGCUGCGGCGAAAUUUGGAAGUUAAGCCUUCUCCCAAAAUAGUGGUGGAUGGAAACACUCUGGAAUCUGAUGUUGAAGAUAUGUUGUCACCUGCAAUGGAAACCUCAAACAUAACUCCUUCUGUGUAUAGUGUCCAUGCCUUGACUUUGCUUUCUGAGGUUUUGGCUCAUCUUUUAGAUAUGGUUUUCUAUAGUGAUGAAAAGGAGCGAGUUAUUCCUUUACUUGUAAAUAUUAUGCAUUAUGUUGUACCCUACCUCCGAAAUCACAGUGCGCAUAAUGCCCCUAGUUAUCGAGCCUGUGUGCAGCUGCUCAGCAGUCUUAGUGGGUAUCAGUACACACGGAGAGCUUGGAAAAAAGAAGCCUUUGACCUCUUCAUGGAUCCCAGUUUCUUUCAGAUGGAUGCCUCUUGUGUUAAUCAUUGGAGAGCAAUUAUGGAUAAUCUGAUGACACAUGAUAAGACGACAUUUAGAGAUUUAAUGACUCGAGUAGCUGUGGCCCAAAGCAGUUCACUUAAUCUUUUUGCAAACCGGGAUGUGGAGCUAGAACAGAGAGCCAUGCUUCUCAAAAGAUUAGCCUUUGCUAUUUUUAGCAGUGAAAUUGACCAGUACCAGAAAUACCUUCCAGAUAUUCAAGAGAGAUUGGUUGAGAGUCUCCGUUUGCCCCAAGUGCCAACUCUUCACUCCCAAGUCUUCCUGUUUUUCAGAGUGUUACUUUUAAGAAUGUCUCCACAACAUCUUACCUCGCUUUGGCCUACCAUGAUCACAGAACUUGUACAGGUAUUUUUAUUGAUGGAGCAGGAACUCACUGCUGAUGAAGAUAUUUCACGGACAUCAGGCCCCUCUGUGGCUGGUCUGGAAACAACCUAUACAGGAGGUAAUGGCUUUUCUACUUCGUAUAACAGCCAGCGGUGGUUAAACCUCUAUCUUUCUGCUUGCAAAUUUUUGGAUUUGGCUCUGGCAUUGCCGUCUGAAAAUCUUCCUCAGUUUCAAAUGUACCGAUGGGCCUUUAUUCCAGAAGCCUCAGAUGAUUCGGGUCUGGAAGUCAGAAGGCAAGGCAUACAUCAACGAGAAUUUAAACCUUAUGUGGUACGACUAGCAAAACUUCUUCGGAAAAGGGCAAAGAAAAAUCCAGAGGAAGACAACUCAGGGAGAACACUGGGCUGGGAACCAGGACACUUGUUGCUUACCAUCUGCACCGUGCGCAGUAUGGAACAGCUCCUGCCAUUCUUCAAUGUUCUCAGCCAAGUCUUCAACAGCAAAGUCACAAGCCGUUAUGGAGGACACUCAGGGAGCCCCAUCCUCUACUCAAGCACCUUCUCUAAUAAGGACAUGAAACUGGAAAACCAUAAACCAUUUUCCAGCAGAGCCAGGCAAAAAAUAGAAGAAAUGGUAGAAAAAGAUUUUCUGGAAGGGGUGAUAAAAACUUGACCACCACCUGUGGUUCCAUUUAGCUUAAAUGUAAUUAUUUAAAACAAACACACUGCUCUGAGUUGUAUAGUUUUAUUUUCUUUUUUGUAUGUAACAAAACACACUUCAGGUUGUAUUUAAUUUAAAUAUUUGUAAAUAAGAGCUAAUGUCUGAAUGUGGCCAGAAUCAAGUUUAAAUAUUGGCUCACUGAUUAUGGUGCCUAUGAGAGAUCUAUAUAUCCAUAUAUAGCCCAUUGUUUUAUUGUCCUAAGUUGUCUUGAAUCUGCAAAAUACACACUGCACAUUUUUU